AAGUUUGCAUCACAUAUUCAUUCCUAUCUCAAAGUUCCCACCACCACAGCGUGUCGCGGCUUCCUACCCGUUUGCGGGAGAUCACAAGGACCUAGAGCUCGCAACCGGAAGCAAAGGAGGAAACUCAGCCAUAAAUUAAAGCUAUUCCAUGGGCAACUGCGCGGCGUCGCGGCACGCCGCGGAGUCGUGGACCGACGACGGCGAGUGGGAGUGGGAGGAGGCGGCGUCGUCCUCGUCGGAGGACGACCACCACCACCACGACCACCAUGCGUCGGAGGUGACGAUCAGGAUCACCAAGAGGCAGCUGCACGAGCUGAUGGAGAGGAAGGCGGCGGCGCACGGCGGCAGAUCAGGGGAGAGCAGGCAGCUGCUGCUGGCGGAUAUCAUGAACUCCGGGGAGGUGCACUACCAUGACCCGCACAGGGAGGAGCACUGGCGGCCCGCUCUGCAGAGCAUUCCUGAGGCCGUCGAGUCAUGACAUGAGUGACGUGCAUCUUGAGAGCUAUUCGUCUCCUGGAUCCUUUUUAUUUCUUCGUCUCUUCGUUGUAUUUUCAUGUUUGUUGAACGGUUAUCCAUGACCAUGUGUACAUAGAAUGCGUUUGGAUGAUUUGUUUGUUCAAACUAUCAGGACGAUGUACAUCAAAACGUAGGGAAUUAACUGUGAAUAAUGCAAAUUCUGAAUCUCAUUCUGUCUUCAA